AUGUCUCUGACCAUAGGCCGCUUGGUGUCCUCGAGGGCCCGCCCACCACCGUCAAAAUUUCCGACCGUCCAAGUCACAUUUGGAGGCCAGCAAGUCGAUGUCCCCAAAGGUGGUUACUACGAUCGCUACCGUAUGAACCCGAACCUCGAUGAGGUAGCCUUGGAUCCAGCGGUCGGUCCCGACAUGAACUUUUUCUUGAACACCCCGAAGAAGCUGGUCGAUUCAAGAGUCGGUCAGAUAUAUGCUCCCAACUUCUACUAUCGCACAAGCAGUGUGCAACUCGUCUUUCUCGCCCCCCUUGACCAGCUCAAGUCUAGACUUCCAUCGCCUUUGGAGCCCAUCACCGCGUUACCCGGCUACGGUUUGGUCGCGUUAACCUUUUACGCGUACCAGGUCUGUGACAAUGAUCCUUAUAACGAGGUUUCCAUUGCCAUUAUUGUCCGUCAGCCAGGUGAAGUGAGUUAUAGUACCACCCAACUUCUCAGCUCUAUGUGGAAUCGAACAUUCUACGGAUACGUGUUGGCUCUACCAGUUGACACUGAGAUCGCUCGAGUGCGAGGUGUAUAUGGAUACCAGUUGCCAAAAUGGCUUGCCGAUAUUAGUCUUGAAAUGAACGAGGAGAAAGUCAUGGCCAGCAUAUCCGGGGCCGAUGGAACACCGGAUCUGAGGCUGGAAGUACCUCUUCCAGCUCUGAAGACCAUCCCAUCGCAAUCAUUUAUUGGGACCAACAACGCCAUCAACAAAAUCGACGGCAAAUGGCAUCAGGUGACGGUUCAGACCAAUCCACUUCUGGCAACACAAUUGCUUUUACCGAGGAAUGUCAGCAUUUCUCGGGGUGAAGGUCCGCUAAGCAAGCUCCUCAGUGAAUUGGGAAUUGGGACCAUCUUACGAAUGGAUGUCCUCAAAGACGCCCAAAUGAUUUUAAACAUGCCCAUGCCCUUGAAGGGACUUGAUAAUGUCAAGCUUUGA